AUGGAUCGACCGGCUCGGGUCCAAGUCAGUGAAAGCGAGCUUGACAAGGCUGGUGACGUCCAGCACCAGCCUGGGCAAGUUUAUAAUAUAUGGUACGAUAAAUGGGCUGGAGGAGAUAGAGACCCUAACGCGAAACGGCGACGAAGUCCCUAUAAAUGCAACCCGGAAAAGGACACAGGUUAUACCAAGGGAAGUAAAGUCAAGGGCUCUUACUUUUGUCUACAUUUUGCGAGAGGAAUGUGUUAUAAAGGUGAAAAGUGCUCAUUUCUUCAUCGUCUUCCCACAGACACCGACGUAUUUGCUGCUAGUGUAGAUUGUUUUGGCCGCGACAAGUUCGCUCAUUACCGAGACGACAUGAGUGGCGUGGGGUCUUUCUUGAGAGAGAAUCGCACUCUGUUUGUUGGGUACCUUGACAAGUCUAAAGAUUCCCAGAGACUUGUUCGUAGGGCUUUCAAGCAGUGGGGUCCGAUCGCGAAGAUCAAGAAAAUGGACACGCGGGGUAUUUAUUUUGUUACUUUUGAGUCGGAGAUUUACGCGCAAUUCGCAAAGGAGGCUAUGGCGCAUCAAACAAUCACCGGCAAAGAAACACUAGUUGUACGAUGGGCCUCACAUGACGACGAUGAGACUGCAGAUGACCGCGCAGUUAGAACCAUCAAACGACUUUUGGAGGAGCCUGCUGCAAAGGUCCAGCCAGAUUUGAAUCAAACUGAACCAGCCAAGGAGACCGGGUUGAUUUCGUCGGCAGCUCGGAAAAAGCUCAAAUUGCGAUCUGUUGUAACCUACUCGGACUCUGAGUAA